CGCACCCGUAUAUCAGCUCAAUUCAAAGCGCUCCCGUCCAAGCGCGGCGCAUCUCGGAUCUUCAUGACGCGCACCUCAGAGACUUUACGAGACUUUCGGCCUGUUGUCCACUCGUGGAGCGGUGCUCGCAGGGAACAGAGGAUGCUUUUGUGUCUGCAGCUUAAACCUGGAACAAAGGGGCACUGAGAGCUUUUUGUCGCUUUGAGACAUUCGUUGCCGUUGCGCACAUCGCAGUUUAUUUAUUCGUCGGUUCUUCCGGCAUGUUACUGGAAUCUGCAGCGUUGCGCGCUUCCACCUGUGAAUCCGUCAGAGGCAGCAGCUGAUCCAAGUGCGCGCGGCGCCGGUGUCGUGCCUCAGAAACACUCGGGGGUUUUUUUUGUUUGUUUUUUGUAUUCAUUUCCUGUUUUGAUCAGUUUUGUGAUUCUGUUCGUAACCCGUCGCUGCGAACAGUCGCUCAUCACACGAGCCAGCCGUGCGUUUCCGCGGUUUUACGCACAAAGGAAGUGCCGCCGCCUGUGACCCGCACCGGGUGCCGUGGGCCGCUCAGGACCAGACCAGAACCGAAGGGCCGCGUAGACGAGUCCGGGCAUCGCGAUGACGGACGGUCCGAGGCAACGCAGCAGCGCGUCUGACUCCUCCAAGGAUGCUGGCGAGAAGCAGGGGUCCGGAGGAGGAGUUGCGCUCAAGAAGGAAAUCGGGCUAGUGAGCGCCUGCGGCAUUAUUGUGGGUAACAUCAUCGGCUCGGGCAUCUUCGUCAGUCCCAAGGGGGUGCUGGAGAACGCCAGCUCCGUGGGCGUGGCCCUGAUCGUCUGGAUCAUCACCGGCGUCAUCACCGCCAUCGGGGCGCUGUGCUACGCGGAGCUGGGCGUCACCAUCCCCAAGUCCGGGGGCGACUACUCCUACGUCAAGGACAUCUUCGGAGGACUCACCGGGUUCCUGCGCCUGUGGAUCGCCGUGCUCGUCAUCUACCCGACCAACCAGGCCGUGAUCGCGCUGACCUUCUCCAACUACGUCCUGCAGCCGCUGUUCCCCACCUGCUUCCCUCCAGAGAACGGCCUUCGACUGCUGGCGGCCGUCUGCCUGUUGCUGCUGACGUGGGUGAACUGCUCCAGCGUCCGGUGGGCCACCAGGGUGCAGGACAUCUUCACCGCCGGCAAACUGCUGGCCCUGGCCCUCAUCAUCAUCAUGGGCAUCGUGCAGAUCUGCAAGGGCGAGUACUACUGGCUGGAGCCGGUCAAUGCCUUCGAGCCCUUCCAGGACUACGAUGUGGGUCUGAUAGCCUUGGCUUUCCUACAGGGCUCCUUCGCAUACGGCGGGUGGAACUUCCUCAACUACGUCACAGAGGAGCUGGUGGACCCUUAUGUGAACCUUCCUCGUGCCAUUUUCAUCUCCAUCCCCCUGGUGACGUUCGUGUACGUCUUUGCCAACAUCGCCUACGUCACGGCCAUGAGCCCCCAGGAGCUGCUGGCCUCCAACGCCGUGGCCGUGACCUUUGGUGAGAAGCUGCUGGGAGUCAUGGCGUGGAUCAUGCCUAUCUCCGUGGCUCUGUCCACCUUCGGGGGCGUCAACGGUUCCCUCUUCACCUCAUCACGACUCUUCUUUGCUGGGGCCAGAGAGGGCCACCUCCCCAGUCUGCUGGCCAUGAUCCAUGUGAAGCGCUGCACCCCCAUCCCGGCCCUGCUCUUCACGUGCCUGUCCACCCUGCUCAUGCUGUGCACCAGCGACAUGUACACGCUCAUCAACUACGUGGGCUUCAUCAACUACCUCUUCUACGGAGUGACCGUCGCCGGGCAGAUCGUUCUGCGCAUCAAGCAGCCGGACAUGCACCGACCGAUCAAGGUCAGCCUCCUCUGGCCGGUCAUUUACCUCAUCUUCUGGGCCUUCCUGCUCAUCUUCUCUCUCUACUCUGAGCCUGUGGUGUGCGGCAUCGGCCUGGCCAUCAUGCUGACCGGGGUCCCCGUCUACUUCCUGGGAGUCUACUGGGACAACAAGCCACAGUGCUUUGACGCCUUUGUUGACAAGAUGACGUACCUGGGCCAGAAGUUCUGCGUGGUCGUUUAUCCAGCAGAGGGCGACGCAGGCAGCAGCGGAGGCGGAGAGGAAGGGGAGGAGAUGAAGGAGGCCAGGUCUCCUCUGUCCAAGGAGGACGGAGACAACCACAAGUCAGCGGACUGCUGAAGCGUCUCCCAACACACAAACAAACACACACAGCCCUUUUCAUGGAUUCACUGGUCAACACUUCCCACGUCUCUUCCUUCACAGUUUAGUUGGGUUUAGCAUCAUGUCCAUCACUGAUUUCUGCACCAAGUAUAGAGUGGCAAGUUUCUCAAACUUUACUAUCUGGGGUCCUUCAAAAGUGCAAUAACGAACGGUUAACACCAUUACGCCUCCUUCACCCUUUAAUCAUUUUUCUUCAUCAUCAUCAUCGUCAUCAUCAUCUCACUCUUCAUCACCCCCUGCACACUCCUAUGGAAAGAUCAUCAUUUUUUAGUAAUGUUUUUUUAUUAUCAAAAGACUUUUAGCAGUCUGUACUGCGACGGCUACGCAAACACCUUUAGUUUGUUGAGCCGUUUUUUUCAACACACCAAAGCUGUAUUAUGAUUUGUCAAAGCAGAAUCGUGUUCAGAUCAAGUCGAUUGUGAAGCACACUAAAGUAGAGUUUUGUAAUUCCAAUAUGUUUCUCUUUUUUGUAAUUAUGAUAAUUGUUUAUAUCAUUAACUGUAUUCUUAUUUUAGUUUUAUUAUGUUAAUUUUAAAUUUGUUGAUAUUCUUUUUUUUUCUAUCCGGCUUCAUAUUCAUGGCCUAUUGUUCUGAUGUGUGACGUGUGUGUUGUUGGUGAUUGUGGCGUUAAAAGGUUUGGUAGCUGGUUGACAGCAGUGUUGCAGAUGAUUAAUACCUACUUUUAUGGAAGCAAAAGAAAGUAGAGAGCUUCGAGUUCUGGUGUGAACGCUACCCACACAAACUGACCCGUUAAAAAAGAUGAGAAAGAAUGAGCAGGAGCGCUGACUCACCACAUCUGCGUUGCCUACAUGCAAAACUUUACGCCGACACGUGAAUGCGCUGAUUGUGUUUCAAGACAUAUUUUUGUAGCUUACAGUAUCAUCUAAAGUAGCUGUGUAGUAACAUGAGCUUUACGUUAAGUAUUUCUGCUUAAGACAAUUCACUGAAGGACACGUUAGUGCAAUAUUAGCACAGGCACCAGCCAGAAAUCUAGGAAAUCCAGUCUGAAGCGUCUGGUGAUGGUUCAUGUAUUCACACUAAUGCUGCAUCAUAUCGUAACAACACUCCUUCACACAGAAACACAGACUAUGUUCUUCAGUGUCUUUAUUCUUUCUAGUUAGUGUCUCAGGGCUUCGUCACUGCCUUCUCUUUAGAUACACUGCCUAAAACCUCUAGACCAUGAAGACUUAACAUUUCUGACUGAUUUGCCUUUGAAAUCCAGUCUGUCAGUGCUCCGUGUCUGUUUGGGUGCUUUUAGGUUUUCAUUUCCUCAGGAGACUUUAAGUUUUAUGGAAUCCCAAAUAAAGUAACUCACAGAGAAUGAAAGUUGGUGAAUAAAUAACUAUGGAAGCAUCACUGAAGCUGUGCCAGUAUUGUAAAAAGUUGCUCUUGUUCUGCUUUAAGGGGAAAAGAGUGUUUGGACGUCUUAAUGCGUUUGGUCAUUGUGUAUGUGCAGUAAACAGAGAUGUCAGAAUGUUGUCUCACAGUAAAUAAAAACCACUGGUUAAUUUGUA